UGACAAAUUAAAUGUCACCCUUUAAGGGUUAAAGUUACCAUAAAAAUAGUUAAAGUUACCCUGAAAUUGAUCGUCUUACAAUAAAAUUAACGUUCACCCGCCUUACACAAAAUUUAUUGACACAUGUCAUUCCUAAUGUCUGUUUUAGUAUUAUAAAUUACUGAUUGUACUCAGUACGUUAUAGCAUAUGAUUUAUAAUUUGUUAUCCAAAUUUUGCAAAGAAAAAAGUUAUGACAAAGUAUUCUUAUUAAGAACAAAAAUUUAGACUUCAAAAUAGCUUCUUCAGUUUUUUGAGUUUAGGAUUCCCCAAGGAGCAUUUUUUAUAUUUCUCUUUCAAAAUAGAAAUCAAAGAAUAUGGAACAUAUACUCCAUAUCAUAUAACUCCAUGUUUGGAAGAGAAAGAGAUAACUCAAGUGAUUAAAGUUUCUUUCUCGAUUCUAGGUGAUUCUAGAAUCGAUUCUCAUCACUGGCCCGUGUGACUCUUUAAACACCAAAAUAAAAUAAAAACAAAAUAUAACUCAUGUGUUAGGUUUUCUGCUAAAUAACCUCCACUUUUGCACCCCAGGCCUAAAUUAACUUAUUAUACAUUAUUUAAAUUAAUUUAUAAUGCAUUAAUUUAUAAUUUAUAAUGCAUUAUUUAAAUUUAAGCUACUGAAAUCUUGAAUCAAUUUCUCACUCGCCCAAUUCAAUUACCGUAUGAAUCAUCUUCUCAAACUCAUUAAACAUGGCUCUAAAUUACAUAUUUUAUGCUCUUUAACUAACCAUAUUAUCCUAAAUUUAUGCCAAGAAUGAUUGAGUCAAAGGAAAGCACCACAACAUUGUCACCUAAAAUCGCUAUGAUUCUACACUCAUUGGAUUAAUAUAGUGUAAAUGUAAUACUUGUAUAUAGUUUGAAGUUUUGAACCUAACGUUUUAUUUCUCUCUUACAAAAAUUAACCAAUUUUUUUGUUAAAAUGCUUUUUCAUUUUUAUUUUUAUUUUUAUUUAUGUUUUUUUAAAUUUUUUUUUGCAUUAUAUAGAGUUAUAGUUAUAGAGGAGGUAGUGACUUGUGUGCCAAAUGAGGGCACGCAUAGUGAGUCUUCCAUUUUCCACUUUACAUGGAGAACAAGUGGGCCCAUCUUUUAUACAAAAGUGGAAAAAGUGGGGGAAAUGCUCACAAGAAAUAAGGCGGGUCUUUCUUUUAAACCCCAAACUCACAGCUACAAUCAGUAAAACUUAAAGCAACCGUUCUCAACUGCUCUUUCCUCCUUUUCAUUAUUCCUAUUUUCUCAUCAUUUCCCCUCUUUCCACCUUCACAUUCACAGGAAAUUAAGGUAAAAAGUUUGUAAAUGAUGAACUGGGGAAGGAAGAAACCUUCUUCAGCUUCGUCGUCGUCAUCGUCAUCUCAAUCUCAUUUGAUAUCCCAUGUGUUUCCUAUUUCAUGGCUUUCGAAAUUCAAGCGAGGCGAUAGCCCCGGUUCUAGGAUACAUAAAGCUAGCCAAAAAGAGAAGCAGCAGCAACAAAGUUUACAAAGGGUUAAGAGUUCAUCAAGAGCAACACCAAAGCAUCCUAGUUAUUGCUUGGAUAGUAGGUUCUAUACUCAGGAUAAUGAUGGCUUUUGGAGACUUUCAAUUAAUGAGGGGAGUAAGGGAGGCAGAGACGAUUUUGUGGCUCCGCAGAAUUAUUUUGGCAACUGUAAAUCAAAUGUUAAAGAAGGUACAGAAAAGAAGAGGAUCCAGAAGUCUAAAGCUGUGAAGGCUGAGAAUUUGCCAGGAAAGGAUACUGUAAGUAUGGAAGCUGAGAAGAAUGAAAGUCUGCAAAGGACAUAUCGGAGAAUUAUGGAAGUAACAGAGGAAUUACAUAGGGAAUUGGAUGAAGUAAAUGGGUAUCGAAAGUCUGUCGAAAAGGAAUUGUCAGAGUUUGAACUUUUACCUGCAAUGCAGAUGAUGGGAAGGGCUGAUGAAAGGCUACUUAACGCUGAUUCGGAGAAAAACCCGAGUGCAGCUUUCAGAGACUAUGGUUGCUAUCAUCAUAAAACAACUGAUGGAAAUGUUCAGAGAUCAGAGUGGCAAAAACUGAAAGAUGCCAAAAUAAAAGAGGUGCUGUUGAAAGGUGAGAAACAGAGGAAGUCUUUUCAUGUAGGCAGGGGAAGCAAUAAGAUCAGAGUUAGCUCUCCCAAGACACCUUCCAAGAUGGAAUCUUGCAAGAUCAAAGCACUGGAAGACAUGAAAAAAGCCAAAACGAAAAAGAAGAUGAAGGAAUUGCAACUGGAUAAUAAAGCAGCAGAAUUAGGAAGUUUUGCUGUAGUCAAAACUUCGCGCAAUCCACAACAGGAUUUCAGAGAUUCAAUGCUUGAGAUGAUCAUGGAGAAAAGAAUCAGAAGGGCAGAGGAGCUUGAAGAGUUGUUGGCUUGUUAUCUGACUUUGAACGCAGAUGAGUACCAUGAUCUCAUCAUUAAGGUCUUUCGACAAGUAUGGCGUGAGCUGGAAGAAGCCUAGUCUAACCAGAAAUUACCAAAGAAACAUUAGUUUGAUGUUUAACUGUUUUUUGUCUCUAAAAGAAAAGGCAGCUAUUCUUAAUCCUAACAGUAUGUGAAUAGUUUUCUGUAUCUAUGCUUUAACCUUUAAUUGUAGUCAGGAUGUUUCCUCAGAUUAACUUGUAGAUGAAAAUUGCGUAAUUUUCUAAAGCAUAUGAACUCGUAUGAUCUAUGUGUUUUAUAUUAUACCAUGUAAUCUACUAGUAUGAUACAGUAGACCCAUUAUCAUCAAUACAUCACCAGAUUACCUCAUCAGCAACAAGAUGGAUUCUCUGGGAAAUUUAUGAUCCAAUAGAGCAGAGCACCUGCAUCAAUAAUUUAGCAUUUCUUCUGCUGUUUUACAGGGAUCCAGAUUUGUCUUUGGUGUGGUUACGAGUUUAUGACUAGCAUUUCAGAAUAAUUUCUUGUCAGACUGAUUUGGUAAUGACAUCAGAACAUUUUAACGCCGUAUCUCAUUUAGAAAGCUUACUCCAUAUCCAUACAUUCUUUAACAUCCAAAGACAGCAAUAGGUUCAGAUACUACUAAAUAAGUAGAAUUCUUAGUUCAGAGAUUCUCUUAUUUGAUCCAAAAUGAAGAGCUGAUGUACAGUUCCUAGGGGUUCUCUUUUGUGAAUGACAUAAUCUUCAUUGACAUCAAUACAUUCAACUUAAGCAUGUUAAGCUUCUUAGGUUGAAUCUUAUUACUCUUCUUUUUUUUUGUGUUCUAAAAUUUUGCCUGAAGCGGAGCAAAGCUUACCUUCAGUUUACUUUCCUUAGCUUGUAAUGCUUUUUUAUUAUUGUUGGUUGAGUUAAUGCUUUUGAAUUGCACUUCCUUGCUCCAUGGCAAUCUUGUACAUUAAUUUCAUGGAUCCUCAGCUAUCUUGUACUCUUGUUAAUUUAAUAAACUAGUUAUUUCGGCUGUAAGUAUACAUUUACUCCUUAGUUAAUACUAAUUUGUUUGUUAUUUCUAUCAGGUUUGGCAUAUUCAUAAAAAGAGACAAGAAACAAUAAGGACUUGAACCCUGUCCCUAAACCUCCUCUCUCCUAAGACUUGAUCUACUUUCUAGGUUGGACAGUUAUAUUUUCUUGUAAAGCUACGACAAUGCAAUAAGUUCUAUAAACGUUUUUACUAAAGUCAGCUCAGGUGCAGGGGUUUUCAGUCUUCAGUUCCCAUCUUGAGAUAUAACACAUAAGCUAGCGAACUGAGAUUUGAGGAAAAUUAAACUGAUCCCAUCCUCCCAUUAUUCUUAGUCAGGCUACCAUAUAUUUCCUA